GUAUUAGACUAAAUAGAUAAACACUUACUUUCUGUGUGAUUUUAACUCUUAUUAUUCUAAAUAGCGCAAUUUGACUGGUAGCGUCCGUUUUCUGCAGGAAGGUUGUAAACGGCAAGCAUUUAAAGUGCUCAGCAGGUCCUUCUGAGAAUUUGUUAGUCGAAAUUCGUCGCUAUAAAUUGGUGCAGAGUCGUAAUGAUCUAUUUCAUCAAUAAUAACAAGCGUGAAUCUUUCCUGAAAUCCCACCUUCCUGCAAAUCCGUAUUUCAGAUCUCAAUCCCAACAGAAUAGUUUGCAUUCCUCAGAAGACAGUAAGGAAUAAGAGAAUGGCAAUGACCUGCUAUAUGGUAGAUGAAAACAGAAUGUUAUUACGUUGUCUAUAUAUACCCUGUAGAACCGAAUUUGUGUGAUAUUCAUAUAGUCACAGAUUCGAUUCUAGGGGAAUAUAUGGUCGAUGCAAAAACUUCACCUUUCUGCAAAUGGUUAGAAGUUUAGAUACUGACGGAAUCAAAAGACGUGUGCAUGUUGAACACGGAGAAAUUCUAAAACUUUUGCUGCCUCUCUCCUAUUUACCAGACUCAGAACGUCUCUUAAAAUUUCACUUGUCGUUCAAUCGUAACUCUCCCUGGCAGACUGUGAAGUUAAACAGUUAAUCUCACAAGAAGUAAAAAAAAUCUGAAAAAAAAAUCUACCAAUCAGUGAAUGAAUCUUUAAAAAUAUACUGAUAUAUUAGCUAGACGUGCUAGACGUUAGCGAGUUAGCAAAAUUUUCCUGUCAAGUGUCCAGAUCUCACCAAAAUAUUUACGACAGCAGCAAAAGCAGCACUCGACUCACUGAAUGUAUUUCCUUGUGCUCCAGGAAUGAUACUGAUGAAUGAAGACUGAAUUUAUCUCGUUAAACCUGUGAUAUUUUUAACCUAAUUAAAUGCCAUCUCCAGUUCAAUUGACUGAACUUUGGUGGCUAAAAGUGGACAGUUUCUUGUUAUCUGUACGAUUUCAUAUGCACAUACGCCCAGAUUUUUGUCUAAGCGUGUGCGAGCCUGUGUGCGUGCACACGUAUGCACACGUAUAUAUCGAGGCUUGCACAGUGAAUGAGAAGUUACUGAUUGCCUAAUUUUAUUCAGCAGAACUAAAUUCUGGUAACUUUUGGAUGACCUCUGCAAGACAAAGACAGGACAGAUCUAUUGUACAUCAUAUUACCCUCUUCUUUGAUGCCUUUUCUUUUUCUUGCCUUCUUAUCAGUUUCCUCCCUUUUAAUCGCCCUGCAGCUCCUCGCUCUGCAUUUCUUUCGAUAUUUUAUUUUAAGGCACGUAACAAACCCUGGUGGAAAUUCUGGCUGGUAAAUCAGACGAGAGGGCAGCGGAGGUUAGGAAAGUCAGCCCAGACAAAAGGCUGCCUGUACCUGGGGGUCAGGGAGGCGGCGGCCGCUUGAUGAAUAUUCCUAAAACUCCGGUAUCUGAUUUGGAGGGUGAAACCUGCCGGAGAGGGGUCACUUGCUUACACGUAUAUUAUUUAGUUAAAUUCGUGGAAAUUAUGAGCUGCACACUAAUCCGGUGAUCAGCUCCCUGCCUCCCCAUUGGCCGGGCCGGUCACAUGCACGCCUAACUUUAUUCAGUUGACAGCAAGUAGGAGGGCUCUAUGGAAGGAGAAAAAAAGACAACACGAGAAAAAUUAGUAUUUUCUACCUUCAGAAAUUAAUGGCCAUGAGUUCGUAUAUGGUGAACUCUAAGUAUGUGGAUCCCAAAUUUCCUCCUUGCGAGGAAUAUUUGCAGAACAGCUACCUAGCCGAGCAGGGGGCCGAGUAUUACAGUGCCUCGCAGGGCUCCGAUUUCCAGCAUCAGGGGCUCUACCCACGGUCAAACUACAGCGAGCAGCCCUUUAGCUGUAGCAAUGCCCAAGGCUCCGCCGUGCAGCCACGGGGUCAUGGACAGGAGCAAUCCGGCCCACCGAGCCACUUCCCCGGUCAAGCAGAGCAUUGUCCACCGCCUCCAAUGUCCAACUCACGAGCCUGCGGCCAGCAGCCAGCCCUCAAAGCCCCAAACGGGUCAGCAGUUAAGCAGCCAGCAGUAGUUUAUCCCUGGAUGAAGAAAGUCCAUGUUAACUCGGUGAACCCCAAUUACAGCGGAGGGGAACCUAAGCGCUCCCGAACAGCUUACACCAGACAGCAAGUCCUAGAACUGGAAAAAGAAUUUCAUUUUAACAGGUACCUGACCAGGCGCCGCCGUAUCGAGAUAGCCCACACUUUGUGUCUCUCUGAGCGCCAGAUCAAGAUCUGGUUUCAGAACAGAAGAAUGAAGUGGAAAAAAGACCACAAACUGCCCAACACUAAGGGCAGGUCUUCCUCCUCUGGUUCAAACCCACAUUUACAGACUGUUCCCAAGGACCAUCAGACUGACUUGACAACUUUAUAGAAGAGGUGAAAUUUUCCAUUUCAUCCUUCGAUUCUGACCAGUACUGUACAUAACUGACACUAUCCAAGCAGAACCUGCAUGUAGCAGCUAAGGACUCGAGAAACUGUCAUCUUUCUUUAAGGUACUGUUGUACAAAGGAGACAAAGUGACGCUACUUUGGACUUUAUUUUAUUUGCCUCUGCUAGCACAACCUUAAAAAAAAAAAUAAGGAAAAAAAAAAGCAUCAUGCAGGCAGUGGGAAUUGGGAAAAUAUUAAACGAGACCUUCUGUCCAUAAAAAGUAAUAAAUCAUUGAAAAUGAAA